AUGCAACAGCAGAUGCAGACCCGAGAGGAACUGAUAGAUUGGACUAACUUCAGGACUCGAUUCUUGGAGAAAUAUUUCCCUGACACAGCCAGGCAGGACAGGGAAGCUGAGUUCCUUGCACUACAGCAAGGGGAUAUGAUGGUGCAGGAAUACGUGAAUAAGUUUGAGCACCUAGCAAGAUACUAUUCACAGAACACUAUUGAGGAGUGGAGGUGCUUGAAGUUUGAGCGAGGACUCAAACAUGAACUGAAGAAGGUGGUGACACCUUUGAGAGAGAGAAGGUUUUCGUUCUUGGUGGAACAUGCCAAGAGUGCUAAGCACCUAGGGAAGGGCCCUGGUCCUAUUGCUAGACAUCAUAAAAGUGUCACAGAGGCGAGGAAUUGCCCACAGCUGACAGGUGGAAAGGGAGGGUCAGGCGACCGUCGCAAGUGUUUCAUAUGCGACAAACCUGAACACUUUGCAAAUAAUUGCCCAGAAAAGAAGAGUCUGAGUGUGAAGAAACCAGCAUCAUCACCCGCAGAAAGGGCUAGAGCGGCCGACAGGGUCUUUGCCUUAACCUCUACAGAGGCUACUCGAUCAGGUAACCUUAUCCUUGAGCCUUGCUUAUUGUUGGGUUAUUCAGUGUUGGUGUUGUUCGAUUCUGGAGCAACACAUUAUUUCAUUGCUAAUGCGUGUGUGGGGAGAUUGAACUUGGUGAAACGUAAUUUGGGGUGUGAGUUGCUUGUUUCAACUCCCUCCUCGGGUCAAGUAGCUACCAAUUCAGUCUGCGUUGGGUGUUCAAUGGAAGUGGCAGGUCACAGAUUCAAGGUGAACUUGGUGUGCUUGCCUUUGGAGGGACUAGAUGUAAUCUUGGGGAUGGACUGA